CAAUGCACCCUGUCGGUUGUUGUAGCAACCGUCUUUGGGCGCGAUAGAGCGAAUGUGGUAUCUCUCAGACGUGCUUUGGAAGUAACAGUAGCUAACUUAAAUAGUUAUUACGAUAGGUUUUCUAUUUUCAAUUAGUUAAAAUAACGUCGCAUGAAUUCAUAACAGUCGUCUGUUUGUGUUCAUAGUGGCUCAGUAUGUCGGCUGUCAGCAGCCUCGUCCCUGCGCGGUUCCUGACCAUUAUUGCUCACCUUGUCAUCGUUAUCACAAUCUUUUGGUCGAGGGACCACAACGUGAAGGCUUGCUUGCCUUUGGAUUUCACGCAAGAACAGUAUGACAAUGAAGACCGGAAGUUCGUGGUGGCGUUGGCAGUGACCCUCGGCCUGUUUGCCAUAGAGCUGGGUGGGUUCUUCUCAGGAGUGUCCAUGUUCAACUGCAGCCAAGGUCUCCUGUCACUGGCUGUCCACUGCGGCGCGUCCGUAUCCUUGUCUUUCUUUGUGUUUGAGGAGUGGGAAUGCUGGACAUAUUGGGUUAUAUUUGCCAUCUGCAGCGUGCUUCCUGCUUUUGUGGAGAUCCUUCUGUUUAUUGCGGUUUUUGGACUAAAGAAGAAGCCUUUGUGAAAGUGAUGUGAAAUGCAAAGGUUUAGUGUGGAGGUGAACAGAUGUCUCCAAAUUUCAAUAGAUAACUUAUAUUAUUAUAACCUCAAAUACAUGUUGUAAAAAAUAUUUCCUAAACUGCUGUGUGUUGUCUUUUCUUUUCUUUAGUUUAUUUUUGCUUUUCUGUCUUACAGUGCUUACCCUGUACCAAUACUGCUUAACCAGGAUGAGUAGACCCUUAACACAAUUUUUUUUAAUUUAAUUAUCUAUUUUUUAAAUAAUUAUAAUAAUAACAGAAAUGUAAAGUAAAGUAAGUAUUAAAAAGUUGUUACAUUAGAACCAACAAUUAAUUAACUAUUUUGAACAAAAGCAAAAAAGGAAAACCUUUAACAAAGACAAUAUUGGUACUUGACUCAUUUACGGUAGACACAAUUAUUUCUGCACAAUAGAAUUGUUUCAUAUUUAGUUCAUAUUUGUCAUAAAAUAAGUAUUUCAUUUUGGAAUUUCCAUUUGUGUAGACUUACUAAAAAUGGAUGUAUGUUGAACUAAAAUGAGAGCUACAUUCAACCAGAUACGCAGUGUUGCCAAAAUCAUUUGUCCGGGGAAGUUGCUAGAGGCAGGUCGGUUUGUCAUAAAAGUUGCUAGAUGACGUUGUGACGUCAUUGCGUGAUUACCGCAGUACGUG